GUUUGACUCGUCUAUAAAAAGCUCAGAGCUUCCUCUCGGAGUUUCUUUUCCGAUCGUGAUAUUCAAACAGAGUUGUAGUGCGCGCGUGUGUAGAUUGUAGAGUUAGUAUGUUAAUUGUUAAUUUUUGUAUAUGGUGAAAGUUUUAUUAUUCAGUGUUGUUUCUUUUGUCUUAGGUCGAAAUAAUUGUUAGUAACGAUUAGUGCAAAUGUUAUUUGGUUAAAAUCAUGCAAAUAUUAGUACGUUACUAUUAUGCUAAAAGCUAAAAACGAACAAACAGCACAACAAAGAGUUGAAGUGUGUGUGAAGAAACUAUAGAAAAAGGUAAAUUCUUAAGUUUAUUGUUAUAGAGUACGGCAAUUUAUAGGGCUUUGCAAAGUGACGUCAUGAGGUGCUAAUAAGUGUGGUUAGGUCCGUCAAUUGGGCCUUUUUCUCCGUAUUUUUAUUCUACCGCCGACAGAAGAUCCCCGGGAACCACCUUUCCGGACGUGCGUGCCAAUCAACGAUCGGAAAACGGGGUUUCGUGUCAAGAAACUGCGUCCCGUCGCGAGGUGAUGUCCCAUUCCACCAACGACCAUCUGUAUUCGCCAGCGCACCGAUAGGAGUCGCCAUUGCCAUCCAUCGGUCCCGCCAUCAUUUGCCGCCAUCGCUAUCCGCCGGCACCCCCGGCGUUUCCCGUGACCAACACCGUCAUGGCCGCCGGUGAAUUCGAACAACCACCGAGCAUCGACCCCUGAAGAUCCGGAUCUCGAAAGCACCGCAAGUAGCCCUAUUAUGUGACGUCACCAUAGAAUAAAUAAUUGUAAUGUGUAAAUUGCCUCAGUGUCAGCCAAUUCAUUCGGAACGCAGCCCUGGAUAAUGACUUUUUCACUAUUUUGUGUUUUCCGCCUUGUUCCGGACCCAUAACGGAGUCUUCAAGCCUCGCUGUUUCUAUGAUCCGUCGGAAUACAUUUGUUUAGACGAGUUGUCCCCCCCCCUUUAUUGUCUGUGUUUGUAUGACCGUUCAUCACUGUUUGAUACUGUGCUCUAUUUGUGAGAAUAUUAUACCGUAGUUCCUGUUAGUGAAGUGUCCCCAAACGAGUGAGGAAACUGAGGGUUCAAGCCAUCCUAUAAGCACGACCAUGAGAAUCCCCAAAUCCCUGAGCUAACGAGUUACAAAGAUUUGAAGCGGAAGAAGAAGGUCCUUUUGACGCCACGUCUAGAACUUUCCGCAGCGCUUUUGCUAAGUCAUUUGUAUGAAAAGGUCUGUAGCAGUGUUCAGAUUCCGUUUCAACCGUUCUUCUGGACCGAUUCCACAAUCGUGAAGUACUGGCUAGCGUCUCCACCUUCCCGCUGGCAGAUUUUCGUGGCAAAUCGAGUAUCGGAGAUCCAGCACAUAACCAGCAACGGCGUAUGGAACCAUGUAGCCGGAGCGGACAAUCCGGCGGACAUAAUCUCGCGUGGCAUGAUACCCGCGCAGCUGAAGUACGAAACGACAUGGUUUGAAGGCCCUCUGUGGCUACGGCAGGAUCGAUCAAGGUGGCCUAGUAGCUCCGCUAUCCCGGACGUCGAACACUCUCUUCUCGAGGAGCGAUCUGUCGUCGUACUGCCAGCUCGUGUGAAGACUCCUAGCGAAAUCUUUCUCCUCCGUUCCUCGUUCACCGAUAUCGUCCGGAUCGUAGCAUGCAUCCGGAGAUUCAUCCACAAUACAACUCCGAACAAUCGCAAUCACAGACUCACGGGCCCUAUCAAGCUUCAAGAGCUGAACGAAGCGACGAACGUCCUAGUUCGUUUAGCACAGGAAGACAGCUUUCCCGAGGAAGUUGCGGCUCUUUCUCGUGGCCGGGAGGUGAAGACUUCGUCCAAAAUCCUUUCUCUUCAUCCCAUUUUGAUUGAUAAAACGCUUCGCGUUGGCGGCCGGCUUGCUAACGCGCCAAUCGCGGAGAGUCGAAAGCAUCCUAUGAUACUCCACCACCACCAUCCGUUCACCAAGCAGAUUUUGCGGCACUACCACAUCAAACACUUCCAUGCUGGCCAACAACUUCUGGUGGCCUCCGUCAGAGAGAAAUUCUGGCCCACGAAUGCACGUGAUCUGGCCCGCACGGUGUGUCAUGAGUGUGUAACGUGCUUCCGGAGUAAGCCCACCGUUCACGAGCAGCUAAUGGCCGAUCUCACGUCGGUUCGAGUCAAUCCUGCAGCCGUAUUCCUUAAGGUUGGUGUAGAUUUGUGUGGCCCAUUCUACAUCAAAUAUCCAGUCCGGCGCAGCGUAGCGGUGAAGUGCUUCGUAGCAAUUUUCGUUUGUCUGGCAACGAAGGCUGUGCACAUGGAGGCUGUUGCGGACUUGUCGACUCAAGCUUUCUUGGCGGCCUUCAGACGAUUUGUUGCAGUUAGAGGAAAGCCGCAGGUGGUCAUGUGCGACAAUGCCACCAAUUUUGUAGGAGCCAACAGAGAAUUGGAGGAGUUGCGUCUCCUGUUCCUCGAUCAGCAGUUUCAACAUACCGUGGUCCGCACAGCUGAAGAUGAAGGAAUUCAGUUCGAGUUCAUACCGGCUCGCUCUCCCAAUUUCGGUGGACUCUGGGAGGCGGCGGUCAAGUCGUUUAAGGGACAUUUUCGGAAGAUCGUCGGUAAUCAGCAGUUAAGCUACGACGAGUUACAUACCAUUGUUCAGCAAGUGGCCGCAAUACUAAAUUCGCGCUCACUGACUCCACUUAGCAACGACCCUAACGACUAUGCUGCCCUAACCCCGGGACACUUUCUGGUUGGAAGACCCUUGACAGCGGUGCCUGAACCCGAUUUGCAGGAGAUACCAGAAAAUCGGUUGGCAGUCUGGCAGCGAUCGCAAGAAUUUGUGCAAAGACUCUGGCGGAAAUGGAAGACGCACUACCUGUCAGACUUGCGUAAUAGGACCAAAUGGACGAGAAAACGCGACAAUAUCAAGAUCGGCACCAUGGUAUUGGUGAAGGAGGACAAUUUGCCUCUACAACGGGGCGAGUCACCGAAAUCUACACCGGCUCGGAUGGAAACGUCCGAGUAGUGAACGUUCGCACCAAGGACGGGAUCUUCAAGCGAGGUAUCUCCAAGAUCUGCGUUCUCCCUAUCAAGGAUAAUGCAUCCACAGAUGAAGAGCAGUAGUCUCUUCCAUCGUUAGUGCUUCGGCACUGCGGGGGUCUUCACCAUGAAGGCCUCCGCUUUCCAGUUAAGUAGUUGUAUAAUUGAAUAUUUCAAAAAGCUCAAGGAAUAUUUAUCCCCCAUAGCCACCGGUGUUCCCUACGGGGACGCCCGUCACCAUGAAGACGUCGCGUCGUUAUCUGGUCCAAGCUGUUCCACUCCGUCAAUCACGCUGUGAUUCGUCAUGUAAUCGUCUGGCAUGCCCUAUCCAUGAUGUCCAUAUCGUCCGUUCAAUCAUCAAAAUCUCGUUGUGACGUCAAUUUGUAUCAGCCAUGAACUAACCACUCUCGCUGAAAGGUCAUAGCGCAUCAACCGUUCAACCAUCGUCAAUUUCCACCCGAGUAAUUGGUACCAUUGCUCGGCAUCGCUGCACUCGCAACCAACAAGUCGUCCACUGGGCCUGAUCAACCCGACCGGAGGACUGUCGUUGUCGUCGCAGCAUCGUAUCAUCGUAGACCUCUACUGACCAACCCAAACUCCUCGAAGCGACUCUCCAGUUGUCGUCAUCGGUGCCUGGGGCACCCGUGGAGGCCAGGAGGCCUCCGCUCCAGGCAAGUUCUGUUCUAGUUCAUAAAUUCAAGGUAAAAAGCACCUGUUCAUUUCUAGCGUCGAUUGAUGUCA